AUGCAGAUGCUCCAUCCAUCGCGAGUCACACAAUUCAGAUACAAUCCAGUUCAGCCUGAAGCACCGCGGCGGAUGUCGUCGUCGUCGCCGCCGCAGUGUGAGCGGCAUUGCAUUUCAAGGAGGCAUGAAAGGAGCGAAUUUGCAACGUCACCGACGUUAAGUAUCAGCGGCCUGUACAUAUACCGACCAAAAGUCGCGGGGCCAGCGGACGCUCCACCGUCCAAUGGUCGGAAGAGAACCUGGGGGCGUAGACAACAAGCAGAGAGAGACUACAGAACCCCAAUUAGGGAGAGACAAGGAUUUUGGCCUAAUUCGAUCGUUUUGCUUGCGUUUUUUUGUGCAAUCGGCGACGAUCGCAGAGUCGCCUGGAAUCGUUUGCUCAACCCAGUUGCAUUGCGGCGGAGUUCGGUCGAAGAAGACAUGGGAGGAGUUGAUGCUAGUGACUCGGAAUGGGUGACCACUGAGCUCCAGGACAAGUGGAUGGGCAUGUCCGAGGACGAAGCAGAUUCCUUGAAAUCUGAUGAUGAUGCGGCCGUCGAGGACCAGAAUGUAGUUGAUGACCAAGCCGAGUCCAAUGCAAGUCUUGUGGAGAUGGACCCCGUGCAGGCUGCUUUGAGCGCACGAAUCAUGUAUCAGGAGGCGUCUCUGAAAAAGAGAGCCAGGCGUAUUGAAGAAAUGCGGCUCAAGUUGCAAAGGUAUGAGCCAGGACAGUGGUUGGUAGAAUCAGGAGGGAUGCGAAAGAGCGACUUUGCAAUCCCUGAGGUGACCACGCUAUUGGUAGUUGGAUCAAUGGGCGCUGGGAAAAGCACCCUUAUCAACAACCUUAUACGCGUUCUCAACAAUAAGUCCCAAGACUUUGAUAGAGCUCAAGUGUGCGGGGACCCAGGGGAGAAUGGCACGUACUUCUUGAACGAGUACAUGCUUAAUGAAAGCAAGAACAACAUCUGCGUGUUUGACAGCCGGGGCAUGCCCGAAUUAAAGGUAGCCGAUGGUUUAGAAGUGCUUGAAGACUGGAUGGUGAAAGGUGUUCGUCACGGUCAGAUGGUCAUCAGGACUUCUGAUAGCAGCCGUGUUAAGGAGGCUGUAGAAAGAAAAGCGAGGCAGGGUCAUCACAAGCUCAGCAAGAAAAGACACAUAAAUUUCGUCAUUUUUGUGAUCAAUGCUACGACUGUGCACAAGAUACGCCAUAGCGGUGACACCUUGAGCCGUCCAAAUUUUUUGCGCAUCUUCAAGUUUCCUUUAAUCACCUUCAAAGAUGACAGGCCAGUGGUUGUGAUGACACACGGAGAUGAGUUAAGUGAAGAUGAUCGGCUAGCUGCACGUAUCUACUUGGGCAAUUUGCUUGGAGUAUCUCCCGUGGAUCACGUCUUCGACAUUGCAGGAUUCACAGGCCGUGUCAUGGAAGACGGAGAUCAAUGCGCAGAAAACGAUUUGUUGUUAUUAGAUAUGUUGGAGUACGCUCUACAGCGAGCUGAUCGCAAUUUACCUUACAAACCAACGCUCUUGGGUACUGUCAAGCUGGCGGGGGAGAUGAUGGCAAGUGGGUUCAAGGAACUCGACUCCAGACGGCAAAUGGCUCUUGUUGGCCUUGCAGUAUGUUGGUUAAUACUGCUGGCGCUACUUCUUGUAACCUAUGCUAUGUUCUGAGGGUCCUGAUUCACACGAGGAGACGCCACCGAAUAUUGUACAUAAGAACCCCGAUCUAAGCGCUGAUGCUUGCAGAGGAGCUUUGGUUCAUCAUUAGGCUGGUUGUGAUCUUUGGAAAGCCUACCCAAGCUUUCAUUUUUCUCUUCUUACUCAAGAACAUUUUGUGAAGGUUGAAUGUCUCCUGUAGUGUGAAAAGAACAUGGUUAGGUACUCUGUUCAUUCAAAAAAAACAAAGAAGCUGGUCGUGUGGCAAUGGUUGCAUUAAAUAAAAAUAUUUUAUUAUCGGUUGGUUCACAUUA